AUGGGUUUAUGUCUAGCAAUGGUGGUUUUUAUGCUUCUUGGUGCUGCGUCUCCUCUGAACGAAGAAGGGAAAGCUUUGAUGGCGAUUAAAGGGUCUUUCAGCAACUUGGUGAAUAUGCUUUUGGAUUGGGACGAUGUUCAUAGCAAUGACUUCUGUUCUUGGCGAGGUGUCUUCUGCGACAACGUUAACUCCUCCGUUGUGUCUUUGAAUCUAUCCAAUCUUAAUCUUGGAGGGGAGAUAUCUCCAGCUGUUGGAGAUUUACGGAAUUUGCAAUCAAUAGACUUGCAAGGAAAUAAAUUGGCUGGUCAAAUUCCUGAUGAGAUUGGAAACUGUGCUUCUCUUGUUCAUCUGAACCUAAAGAACAAUCUGCUAACAGGCCCAAUACCAGCAACCUUAACUCAGAUUCCAAACCUUUCGACACUUGAUCUUGCAUGGAACCAUCUAACAGGUGAAAUACCAAGGUUGCUUUAUUGGAAUGAAGUUUUACAAUACCUGGGUUUACGCUGGAACAUGUUAACUGGAACAUUGUCUUCUGAUAUGUGUCAGCUAACCCGUUUGUGGUUCUUUGACGUGAGAGGCAAUAAUCUAACUGGAAGUAUCCCGGAUAGCAUUGGAAACUGCACAAGCCUUGAAAUCCUGGACAUAUCUUACAAUCAGAUAACUGGUGAGAUACCUUACAAUAUCGGUUCUCUCCAAGUCUCGACUCUGUCACUACAAGGAAACAGAUUGACUGGUAGAAUUCCGGAAGUUAUUGGUCUAAUGCAAGCUCUUACUGUUUUGGAUUUGAGUGACAAUGAGCUAGUUGGUCCUAUCCCACCGAUACUUGGCAACCUCUCAUUUAUCGGAAAGUUGUAUCUUAAUGGCAACAUGCUCACUGGUCCCAUCCCAUCUGAGCUUGGGAAUAUGUCACGCCUUGGAUAUUUGAAUCUUGCCAACAACCGUUUGGAAGGGCCAAUACCAUCUAGCAUAGGUUCCUGUGCAGCUUUGAAUCAAUUCAAUGUUCAUGGGAACCUUUUGAAUGGUUAUAUACCAUUGGUGUUCCGCAAUCUCGGGAGAUUGACUAAUAUUCCACGCAGGAAUCUUUCAUAUAACAAUUUCAAGGGCAAAAUACCAGCUGAGCUUGGACAUAUAGUCAAUCUUGACACAUUAGAUCUGUCUGGCAAUAACUUCUCAGGUUCUAUACCAUUAACCCUUGGUGAUCUAGAACACCUUCUCAUAUUAAAUCUCAGCCGAAAUCAUCUCAAUGGACAAUUGCCUGCAGAGUUUGGGAACCUUAGAAGCAUUCAGAUGGUUGAUGUAUCAUCCAAUCUGCUCUCCGGUGUUAUUCCCAGUGAGCUUGGCCAGUUGCAGAAUUUAAACUCUUUAAUAUUGAAUAACAACAAGCUUCAUGGGAAAAUUCCGGAUCAGCUUACAGAUUGUUUCACUCUUAUCAAUCUAAAUGUCUCUUUCAACAAUCUAUCUGGGAUAGUACCAUCCAUGAAAAACUUCUCACGUUUUGCUCCAGCCAGUUUCGUCGGGAAUAUAUAUCUUUGUGGUAAUUGGGUUGGAUCUAUUUGUGGUCCUUCUUUGGCUAAACCCCGAGUAUUAUCCAAAGCUUCUGUGAUCUGCAUCGUUCUCGGUAUCAUCAUUUCCUUAUGUAUGAUAUUCAUUGUGGUUUACAAAUCUAAGCAGCAGAAGAAAAUCCUAGAAGGCUCCUCAAAACAAGCCGAAGGCUCAACCAAGCUUGUGAUUCUUCACAUGGACAUGGCCAAUCACACAUUGGAUGAUAUAAUGAGAGUAACCAAAAACCUUAGCGAAAAGUUCAUAAUUGGAAAUGGUGCUUUUAGCACGGUAUACAAAUGCAGUUUGACAACUUCCCGACAUUUUGCCAUUAAGCGACUCUACAACCACAACUUGCGAGAGUUUGAGAUAGAACUCGAGACCCUAGGGAGUAUCAGACACAGAAACAUAGUCAGCUUGCAUGGAUAUGCUUUGUCUCCUAUUGGCAACCUUCUUUUCUAUGACUACAUGGAAAAUGGAUCUCUUUGGGACCACCUUCAUGGUUAG